AUGACAACGAUGUUCGUCCAACUGCGCCGUGUGGUGUACCUGUUGGUACUUCUGCAGUGCUGUGUGUGUGUGGCAUAUGCGCAACAAUCUUCAACCGGUGAAGCAACAGAGACAGCACGGGGUUUAAAAGAACUUGAAGAACUGACAACUAAGAUGAAAGAGGAUAAAGCUAAUCUUAAUGGUAAACUUCUGGCAUUAAGAAACAUAAAGAGUGAAUCCCCUGAAGCUUUGAAGCGUGCUAAGAGUGCAGCAAGUAAGGCGUGGGAAGUUGAAGAACUUAUCCUGCCUAUUUUAACUCCUGAUAUGCUUAUGUUUGAAAAUGUGAAUAAGAAGGAGAGUAAAUCAAAAGAGUUGUUCAGGAAGGCAGUAGAUGCAGCAAAAGAGGCCAAAGAAGCCGCUGAAAAGGCGAUUUUGACGGCUAAAAAAUCAAAUGAUUUAGUUGAAGAAAUACGGAAGGGGAGUGAACCUUUGAUGUUUAUGGCAUAUCAAGUUGAGGAAGUUGCUGAAAAACACAUUGAAAAAUGUGAAACGGGUCACUCAGAGGAAGAUCAAAAAGAAAAGAAAUUGGCUGAAGAGUACAAGAAACAAGCGAAGGAUGUGGAGUCUUUCCUUCAACUUGUCGAUAACGACAUUCAAAGUAACACCGAGGUGGUGGAGGAAGUCCAGAAACAGGCGAAAGAUGCCUCUGAUGCAGCAGCCAGUCUUCAAAAAAUUAUUGAUAAUAUUUUCCGUGAUCAUCCACACAUAAGAGCAGAGCUGGAACGAGAAAUUAAGGAGACACCAUCACACGAAAAUAAGGAGGUGGACGGUUCACUUCCAAAUAAACAGAAUGAAGAAAAUACAAGAAACCAGAAUACCAAUUCCGCACAAGCUGAGGCGGGAAGCCAUACAACUGCCCAACAGCAGCAGAAUGAACAGGACUCUAAGGGCCAAAAUAAUAAAGAAAGCAAUGUUGAAACACAAGAAGAAAAUCGAAAUUCUCAGAGCAAUCCUCCAACUGACAGUAACUCAUCUGCUACUGGAACUUCGCAAUCACAAAAUAUGCCAACUAAUUCCUCUACUGCUAGUGAGACUCCGCAAUCACAAAAUAUGCCAACUAAUUCUCCUUCUUCAGCUUCAAUCCAUUUGAAUAUUACACAGUUAAGUGACAGCAGCAGCAGUCCUGCAUUGGUGCACAGUCCCUUAUUGCUGCUUCUUGUUCUGAUGUGUGUGCUGGGCUGCACUCUCGUUUGCUGA